AUGUCGCACAUUGAAUGCUCCCACGAUGUCAAGCCUCAAAGCAUCUUACAUCACAUUGGACGUCUUGGCUUCAAGAUCGCAAAGCCUAUCGCCAACCGCCGGAAGCGCACGAGAAUGGAACGAACAGUACAAAAAGGAUCGAUGAAACAGUCCGUCGCUCAGUCAGUAAGCGAUACCAUGGAGAGCUCCGAAGAUGGUAGCUUUCAACAAGAGGAUUACCAUGAUGCCAUGAAUGGCGAGGAGGAUGAAUUCUCCCUCUCCUUCAGCGAUUUUGAAGUGAAGGAAGAAUGUAGGGGUAUUUUUGAAACACUAGACCAAAACGAAUUUCUAACUGAAUGCUUUGUCGCCAACGGACGAAGCGACAUCGUCUUUUUGGUUCACUUUUUCAACCAAGGGACCUUCAUUUCCAAUGCCAUUGAAGAUGUCUUAUCAAAACGAGUCCGGGAAACGAACUCCAAGUGCGAAUGUCGAAGAAUCAACUCAACGCACGCACCUUUAUCUACAAUUAAGCUACAAAUUGAUCCUGAACAGCCUACGGUGGUGGCGAUCAAGAAUGGCAAGGUCUUGGGCAAAGUCUCGGAUAUUUCAUCUUCGGAAUGUACAGAAUUGGACCAAUGGUUGGCGAGAACGGGAAUACUUCAGAAGGUUGCAACCGGGGAAUCAUUCUCAGGUCUUUCCACCACGAUGUAUGUAUAG